ACCGUUGUGAUGUCUGAGUCGCAGCUGACCGAUCCUUGGCUAGAGUAUCCCUAACAGGAUGUCGGAACUCAACGGUGUAUAUAAACAUGGUGGUAUAUGUGGACAGCAAUCAACCUCAGCUAACGCGACGGAAACCGACUAAUAAACUGAGGCUUCUUUCUACUGAACAUUUGUUGUAUUGUGAUUUUCAUCUACUUUGUCCACAGUUUACUAAAGAUGGCGAUGAAUCUGCUCAAAUCAACUCCUCUACUGGGUUUACUCAUUAUCGUCCUUUGUACGAGUUGUUUCAGCUCACCUAUAGCUUUUGAAACGUCCACCCCAAGUGACCCUUUGAUUACUGAAACAUCCACUGAAAGUGGCAAUAUAACAACAGCAACAUCCACCCAAAGUGAGCCUGUGACAACUACAACUGCUCAACCGACAACUGUAAAAACCACCACUACUCUUAGCUUAAGAUUACAGUUAGACAGGAUGAGAUGGAAUAGCAUAUGGAAUGCUAUGUGCGCCACCCAGCCUUGUCCUCUAUAUGACUGGCCCUUGUGUGCUUCUGAUGGUAAAACAUACAUGCAUGAAUGCUGGUUGAACCGGGCUAACUGCUACAGAGGACCAGAGGAUAAAAUUCGCAAAGUACAUGAUGGUGUCUGCCAAAAUUAAUAGACAUUUUAGUUUAAACAUUGAUGUACAUGCUUUUAUUAAAACAGUAAUUUAAAUUUUAUAAAAUGUAGGUAUAUGUAAGUCUAUAUUAGAUACAAAAUUAACUUUCAAUUUAUUUUUUAAAUUUUCAAACCGAAUUACUACAAAAACAUACUUUUUACACAUUUAAAUAUAUCUAAAUUUGAAAAGUGUUCAUAUAGUCAAUUUAGUUUAGGGAAGCCGCCAUGUUUGAUUUCAUUUAAAGCAUGUUCAAUGCUUACAUUUUAUUGGGAUUCAUAUGUUGUGAUGAUGUUUAUUACAACACAGUAUAUGUAGUUUACUUUUUGUGGGGAGUCAAGUGUUAAUUAAGCAUAAUCAGUCAAUUGCAAGUAUUCCUUUUUAUUUUUCAGCAUAUCUGUGAUGUUUUACAUUUUUUAAAAUUCAUUGAAUAAAAUCUGAUUGCUUGAAAAGUAUGAAAGUAAUUAUAAUAGUAAUAAUAUAAUCUUGUUUUUGUGAUUUACAAAUUGUGAUGUUUAAAUAAUAAUAAUGUAUAAAAUGUAUUAAAAUUCCACACAAACUAAA